AUGGCCGCCGAGCUGACGACAACAUCCCUUCCUCCAUAUCUUCUUCCCGACCGAGAAAUCCAUGUUAUCAUCUCAGUGCUCUCUGGCCGCCACCUAGCACCCGGAUACUACCAUGAAACGCUUAAGCCACUGCUCGACAGUCACGAUAUCAAAUACACGACGCAUAUAACGGAGUCUGCCAAGACCAUCAUUAACCUAACUCAGAAACUGUUUGUCGUCAAUGCCACACAAGGAGUCAAGCAAACAAUCAUUCUGCUCUCCGGGGAUGGCGGAAUUGUUGAUAUUGUAAAUACUAUGACAGGGGUCUUGAACCGACGAAAUGAUGACGUGCGGCCGCCUUCCAUAUUUUUGAAGCCUGUCGUCGUUCUUAUCCCUAUGGGAACCGCGAAUGCGCUGGCCUGGAGUUCCAAAGUGGCUCAUGAUCCCCUUGGAGUUUUGAUGAGAGGAUCGCCAAAGUCUUUGCCAUCGUUUCAAACCCGCUUGAGCCCCGGGGCCUCGCUGGUGAUCAAUGAAGGACGGGGUCGGGAGCCUCUGACGGAUUCAUCCGACGAGGAGAGCACAAUGUAUGGCGCGGUAGUCUUCAGCUGGGGAUUACACGCAAGUCUGGUGGCCAUGAGCGAUACUACCGAGUAUCGCAAGCAUGGGCUAGACCGAUUCAAGAUGGCUGCUCAACAAUUGUUGACAGACGCUCAUCAAUACCGAGGUAACGUCAAAUGGCGGAAAGGAGGCGGCGACUGGACAAGCAUUCCUGGAACGGAGCAUUCUUACGUUCUCGCCACUCUGGUGUCCAAUCUGGAGGAACAUUUCCAGAUCUCUCCUGCUCAACAACCUCUCGACGGUACCCUGCGACUUGUUGCCAUCGGUCCUGAACCUGCGCAAGAUAUCAUGCGCAUCCUUGGACUCGCCUAUCAGUCAGGCCAACACGUCACAGAUCCCAAGGUCACAUAUGAAGAGAUUGAUAGCCUCAGGAUUGAGUUUGAAGAAGAGGAAGAAGCGUGGAGGAUGUUAUGUAUUGAUGGAAAGAUUGUCACCAUCGCACGAGGAGGGUGGGUUGAAGUGACGAGGAUUCCUGGCGUCGGUAUAGAUGGCAGAAGGGUCAUUGAGCUGGUUUGCUAG